CGUCCCCCCACCAGCAAUUCCAUCGGAGCCCCGCGGUUGAGCCAUACAUAGGUCCUUUUUACAAGCACUGCAUAGCGCCGCGAACUACCCCAAGGCGCAAACCCGAAACCAGGGACAUCUUUAUUUUCUGGCUGUGCCAUAGCGUUUUGUCUAGUCAAUUCGCUGCAGUGCUGUAUCUAGUUCGCAGGACAUCGGGCUCGGACUACUCUCGGCCGCAACGCCAAGCGCAUUUGACGCAUCGAACAGCACUGUCAAAGGUCAAUAGUUGCGUUACGAAACUUCCGCCGCGUCUCUAGCCGCCAGCUCGUCAAUUGCAAGUGGGAUCCGGCGGGAAUCCAGCAAAACAAGGAAUCUACCUACGAAGCCGAAGCACAACAACACGAAGGCGAGAACUCCUGGAGGAGGACAAAGGCUUGUAGAGGAAACAAUGGGCCCGAAGAAGCACCAGCAGCAGCAAAAAAAGGGCCCCGCGCCCGGAGAAGAGGUUGAGGAGACGCUACAGGCAGUGGUUCUCGCCGACUCUUUCGAGACCCGUUUCACACCUUUCACGCUCGAAAGACCAAGAUGUCUUCUUCCGCUUGCGAACAUUCCCCUCAUCGAGUACACGUUUGAGUUCCUAGCAAAUGCUGGUGUUGCAGAUAUCUUUGUCUACUGCGGUGCCCACACUGACCAGGUCGAGGAAUACAUCAGAAACUCCAAAUGGACUCACUCAUCCUCGCCAUUCACCCGUCUCGACAUUAUUCGAUCCACUUCUCACUCUGUCGGCGAUGCCAUGCGUGACCUUGACCAUCGUGAUAUCAUCACAGGAGAUUUCCUCAUUGUCAGCGGUGAUGUUGUUAGCAACCUUCCCUUGGAGGAGGCUAUCGCUAAGCACAGAGCGCGGCGUGCAGCCGACAAGAAUGCCAUCAUGACCAUGAUCCUCAGAGAAGCUGGUGGCGCUCACCGAACAAAAGCUCAGGGUGUUACCCCCGUGUUCGUCGUCGAUCCCACUAAGGAUCGUUGUCUCCACUACGAGGAAAUGCGCAGAGGCCAGGAAGACCGCUAUCUUCACAUCGAACCAGAAUUGAUGUCAGGCCACUCCGAACUUGAGGUCCGCCAAGAUCUGAUUGACUGCCACAUUGACAUCUGUACGCCUGAUGUGCUUGCUCUAUGGACAGACAGCUUCGACUACGAAUCGCCUCGGAAACAUUUCCUGCAUGGUGUUCUCAAAGACUACGAGCUCAACGGAAAGACCAUCCAUACGCAUAUUAUCGACGAUCAUUAUGCUGCAAGAGUGCAGGAUCUUCAUGCAUACGAUGCUGUCAGUAAAGAUAUCGUUUCCCGCUGGGCCUAUCCGCUCUGUCCAGAUAGCAACCUCCUGCGAGGUCAAUCGUAUCGUCUGCAGAGAGGCAACAUCUACAAGGAGGAUGGUGUUGUGCUAGCUCGCUCUAGUGUGGUGAAGCGGAGUACUAUUCUUGGCCAGGGUUCAAGCAUCGGGGAUGGUAGUGAGGUAGGAAAGAGCAUCAUUGGGCGCAGGUGCCAGAUAGGCAAGAACGUUAUCAUCGAGGGUUCGCACAUUUGGGAUGAUGCUGUUGUCGGAGACGGUACUGUUGUUCGACACGCAGUCAUUGCCAACGAGGCUGUCGUUGGCAAGAAUUGUCGCGUUGAGCCUGGUGCCCUCAUCUCUUAUGGAGUCCGCAUUGCAGAUGGCAUCAAGGUUUCUGGAAUCAGUCGCAUUACCAGGUGCAAGCGGAAGCGUGACGCAGACGACGCUCUUGUCUCUGUUCCCAGCGAGCCAGAAAUUGUUGGUCCCGGUGGCGAAGGCUACGACUAUGAAGAAUCGGAUGACGAAGACAUUGACGAAGACGAAAGAGCUAUGUCUUCAGGUCUGAUCUAUAACAUGGCGAACCUUGCUGUUUCCGAUUCAUCCAUUUCUACGAUGACCUCGGAGAUAUCAGAAGAACCUCCGCAGCGCAUGCGGUCCGCUGCCAGCAGUUUUGCUACUACGACGUCAGAAGACGCCAAUGAAGACGAAUUCCACCACGACGCCGCGUCUAGCAUCUACGACUCCCUUCAACGAGGUGACACCUCCGAUGUCAUCCAGCUUGAGAUGAUGGGCCUACGGAUGAGUAACAACGCGUCUGACCACCAAAUGCGACGAGCCAUGGCAGCCGCAUUCACCAAGCAUAUUCACAACCUGGUGGAAAGUGGAUCGGCCAAUGUCAGCCAGGCCGUGCCACGAGUCUUCAAAGAUCACAAAGAUCUGAUCACGCGGACCAUCUUUGACCGCAACCAAGAAGAAAAGGUGGAUCAGGUAGAUUUCCUCCUACUUAUGCAGCGCGACCUGAUUGGAAAAUCCAAGGGUGAUAGCAUCCUUCUCUUCACUGCAAAAGAACUGUAUGAUCUUGAGGUGAUUGAGGAGGAGUCCUUUGAUCAGUGGUGGAAUGACGAGCGUUCAAGUGCCGACCCCGAGAUGCGCAAGAUUCGGAGCCAGACGGAACAGUUUGUUGAGUGGUUGGCCAAUGCCGAGGAGGAUAGUAGCGAGGAGGAAGACUCUGAGGAAGAUGAUGAAUAGACUUGUUCGUCGUUUUUGGUAUAUAUAUUUCAAAAAGUUUAUAGAGAGGCUCAACAAUGAUUUCGCGCAUAUCAAUAUCGCGUCUCACAACUGAGCUGC